AUGCUGUUUUUUACAUCAAGUAUUCUGGCAUUAAUUGCAUUUGUAUGCGCCAAUUACGAACGAGUUCUCCUCAUUCCCAAGAAAUGCAAUGAAGAUCCGGGUGAAAUUUGUAAGCUGAAUGGAAAAAUGGGUGUUAUGGCAACCGCACGUAAUCUGCCGCUUCUAAUCAACCUUUUGCAAAGAAACAAGAUCGAUGCAGCUGCUGUGUCUGGUUGGAAUGGCACUUCUGGGAAUUUUGUUCUGCGGUCUAAUGGUGCUCUUGCACCUUACGAGCCGUUGACUAAUCAAGCAAGUUAUGCCUUUUGCUAUGGAUCGUGUUCGUUGGGUUAUUCUGAUAAAAUGUCGGCUCAACCGGCGUAUGUGGCUUACCACCAGCGAAACAAAGAAUCGACUGGCGGUUAUGGACGCUAUCAAGCUUACGAAAAACCAUGGGCUUCAUCUUACAAUGAGUAUAGCAAAGCAUCAGGUGUUUAUAAUGAGCCAUGCAUUCCGAUCUGUCCACCGUAUGAGAGAGAACCAUGCAUUCCGAUCUGCCCGCCAUACAACAAAGAGCCAUGCAUUCCGAUCUGUCCGCCUUACCAGCCUUAUGAGCCAUGCAUUCCGAUCUGUCCACCGUAUAACAAGGAGCCAUGCAUUCCGAUCUGUCCGCCUUACCAGCCUUAUGAGCCAUGCAUUCCGAUCUGUCCACCGUACAACAAAGAGCCAUGCAUUCCGAUCUGCCCACCAUACAACAAGGAGCCAUGCAUUCCGAUCUGUCCACCAUACAACAAAGAGCCAUGCAUUCCGAUCUGUCCGCCUUACCAGCCUUAUGAGCCCUGUAUACCAAUUUGUCCACCUUAUCAGCCUUACGAACCUUGUAUACCAAUUUGUCCACCUUACCCAUAUCCACCUUACCCGUUCCCACCAUACAUUCCGGAAAAGAUUCCAAAAAUACCAUGUCCAUGGGAGAGACCAUUUCCCCUCAAAAAGAAAUGUAAAAGAUUUCCGCAACGUGAAAAAAUGGUUAGUUACAAUCCUAUCCAGCCAACCAAAGGAGAUACUGUCUCUUUUACCCAGGAAUGUAUUUCUACAGAGAAAAAAUACGUAAUUGAUGAAGAGGACCUUGGAACUGACCAAAGAGUGAAAGUUACGGAAAUUACCGAUGUAGAAUCUGAGAGAACUAGGUUGCUGCUGCUCGCUUCGUUCCAAUCAGGAGGACCAACACUUGAUGUGCCGUUUAUCCUACGAUUCCCGAAGAUACUGCUUGCACUAAAGAACUAUCUGCAGACCACGCUAAAAGCACACAGUCCUUGUCUUUAUACGAACAAAAAUGGAGAUAUCUUUGUGAUACUGAAUAACGUGCUGAAUAGAGUUGAUUUCGGUAAAAAACCUGGUGUAGUCCCGGCAAUGCCAUUGGUUCCUUCGUUCCGUGUGCCUCGACCGCUGAAUGCAGUCGCUGCACCACCAUCACCGAAACCUGCACCGAUAGUACCAAUCAAAUACGAAUUUACACCAAUUACAGGAUCGGCAUUGACAUCUCUGGUCCAAAUGGGGUUGUAUAGUAUCAUGUUCACGAAUACGAUCACACAGAUGUAAUCGACAGUAAAUAAAGUACCUUUGGAAAAAAAUGUUUUU